UGACAGUAUGACACAUGUCCAGCCAAUCAAAAUGUAUUCAGCUGAAGGCUGUGAAGUCUAGCUCUCUCCGUAACAGUGGCAAAAGGGGACGAUUCAAUAAUGAGAAAAAGGAACAGAGAGAAGAAGAAUCGCCAAGUCCGCCCUCUCAACUACACAAUCUUUGUUGUGGAACAUAGUAUGGGUCAAUCUGUCAUGCAUGGAUAAAGAGGAUGUGUUUUAGCCUUCCAACUCCUGAGGAUUCCUUGAAUGACAGGCAUUGGAAAUUGGAUACUAGAAGUAAAGAAACCAAGAAACAUGCGGAUUCCGUAGCAGAUGGCAGGGUGUCAGUAAAUGGGAACAGUGUUCUACAAACUAAAGCGAACUCUGGUGGAAAUCAUGUGAAGAUGGAGCAUCAAGAACAGGAAAUGGUAAAGGUUAAGAAUUUGGAGAAUGAGCAGAUAAUAUCAGAUAUAUCAAUCAAUGAAGUGGACCAGAAAAUCUCAAUCAAGCCAGCAAAAGGAAAGAUUGAGUAGAUCCGAAAGAGUGGAGCUGUCCAUGCUAAACAAGGACGUGACUUUGAAAAUUCAGGUUAUCCUUCAAUUUUUUUUACUUCUGUUCUUGAAUUCAAUACAUAAUGGUGGGCAUGCUGGAAUCUUCAGCAGUGAAGAAGAAAAGCCUUUGUUUGUUGACAGUUGACAUAUGGGGAUUUGAGUUUUGGAAAUGCUAUUCAGUUGGAAAAGAUAUGUUAAAGACAAGUUGAGGUAUGUCAAGUAUCGGCUUGGGAUCAUGUCUUCUUAGGGCUAUUCUGGAUGUGCAAUGCAAUUUCGGUAGUAAUAAUCCAUUUCAGCUGGAACAUGCAGUCAGAUGUUUGGGGCAGUAUAAGUGAUCAAGGGGUAGUAACUCAUACAACGGGAGGAAACUUUGUGCAGAGUUCCAUUACUAUUAAUGGGUGGCACCGCGAUUUCUUAUGGGCACAGUCAUCUCAGAUUGCUUGGAUGGCUUCAACUGCAGCUGAUAGCAUUGCAACUUUGGAGAAAGAAGGUCUAUCAUUCAACAGUCCCAUCUUUUGAUCCUCGUGCUAACCAAGGAGAAUGCCAUCAAGGUACGCUCAGUGUGCAAGACUCUAAAAGCAAAUUCAUGCAGCGAGUCUACAAUUAUGGUUCUUCCUUAGAUCACCAAAUUCAUGGGUGGUUGAUGAUUUGGAAACUUCUAUUAAAGGUGGUUACUUUAACAUUAUACAGUCCACAAGGCAAGUUAUCUCUGAAAUCCCCACACUAUAGUUUUCAAUGAUUGCUUGAAUUAUGCACCCGCUCCACUUGUGCGCAACCUUCUGCAGGAUCAAUCUACCUUCUACAUGUUAUCACUUAUUGAUUCUAUUGCUAGUCAAAGUGCUUGCAUCAUCCAGUGUGUGCCAGAAGAAAAACAAUCAAAGGUAUUGGCAUCAUUGUUAAUCCUGACUCUUUGUGUUUGCUGUUAAUUUGUUAGGGGGAAAACUAUUACAUAAUCUGCAUUUGUUCAUUCAAGUGUCAGACCUUUUUUCCUGAAUAAAUAGAAGGAAGCGAACCAGUUUCUCCUAAAUUUGCUGCAUAUUUCAUAUUUUUAUUUGUCAUGAAUAAAUAAUACAUUCUCGUUAAUUUUUGUUAGUUAGUGUGAAUUACUCUGACAAUCCCCGAGGUUUUUCUUUAUUACCUAGCUUAAACUUGUGAAAACAAUUGAUCAACCUCCCCUGAGGUUUGGUUGACCUUAACUCAGUUAAAAGUAAAAUGAAUUAUCAAUAAUACCCUUACACGGAGUAAAAUGACAAAAUUAACCGUAUUCACGAUAAUGAAAUGGCCAUUUAAGCCAAUUUUGUUUGUACACAAAUACCCUUAUUUUAACACACAAAUCACAUAUAUAUUAUAUAAAAUUCACAAAAUAGUUCAUGCCCUCUACCACCACACCUGACACCACCGCCAGUCUCUCACCGCGUCACCUCCAUCACCACACCAGUGCCCAGGAGUAAUCUCUCUCUCUCUCUCAACCGCACACCCAUUCCAACAAGAAAGUCUAAGCCCCGGUACUGACCUUGAUAAUUGCCACUGUAUCAUCAGUUCAUAACUUGUUGAAAAGCACAUGAAGCAUUCCAAUGUUCUGCUGCAGUGGAACUAACAGCAAUAAGCAUGAAUUCACCAUCCCCACCACCAGUGGCGAAAACAGUGGAACUAAAAUCAAUUGCAGUUGAAGAGAAAUUAAGCACCACCACUAACUCAUGCCCAUUGAACUCACUUCAGAUUCUUCACCACCACCUCCAGAAACUGAAACCCCAUCACAAAGUCACCGAUUGUCAAAGAGUCAGCACCAACCCAAAAUUCGCAAACACAAAAUUCGAACUUUGCUUCUGGAUUUUGAUUAUUCGAACUCAAAAUGCCUAUAUGUGAGUUACGUGGUGCGCUGUUAGUUGAUUUAGUUGUGAUUAACUCCCUAAAUGACCUAGAUGAGAAUAUUUGGUCAACUUGCCCAAUUUUUGUGAUUGAUUAAUAUAUCCAAGCAAUAUGAUCAAUUAAACAUUCACAAUCACAAAGAUAAAUACUAAAAAGUAAAGCAAGUAAAGUUAAACAGUUGACAUCAGGAUUUUAGCGAGGAAACCAAUUGAAAAACCUCGAGUUUUUGUGCGCUAUCCCAAGCGUAAAAAGAUCCAUUAUGUAUGAAGCAAAGUACACCGAAUUUUGAUGUAGACUCAAACCCCUUCGCUCUACCAAGACUCAAUCUGCUGAAUGUCUUUGACUUUGCAACUUUCCUUCCAACAGCUCUUGACUUCAGACUUAUGCCUUGAACGAGGAUCGCUAGUAGAUCAACAACACUCCACAAGUGCCUUGAUCCCUUCAAAGUGUGAUGUGAAUUUCUUCUUAUUUGAAUCUGAAUUUGAUGUAGAAGAAAUAGACUUUCUGAAAUUUCUGAAUCUUCAAUUAUGCUCCAAUUUUGAUGAGAUAAAAGAACAACACAUCUAAAUCACUCGUGUAUAUAUAUGUGUGCUCUCAAAAUAAAAACAGAAAAAUCAAAUUUGAUUUUUUGAAAAAUAUCUCUCAAAAUAAUGAAUUCUAUUUCCAAAAAGCCGUACAUCAAUGUUGAAUAAAAGAGAGAUUAUAUAGAAGUUCGAAAGACCUAAAAAUACUUGGAAGUAAGUCCGCCCACAAUAGGAAUCAAAAGAGACCAGGAAGGUAAGUUACCAAAACAGAUUUGAAGACUUUGAACCGGUUCAGGGUGGUUGAACCGGUUCAAGAUGGCCAGUGUGAUUUUCGAAGAAAAAUAACAUCUACACUUGAACCGGUUCAGGGUGGUUCAAGUUGGCUAGUACUAAAAUUCAUAAAAAUACCUUUGACACUUGAACCAAUUCAAGUUGUUGAGCCGGUUCAAGUUAGCCAGAUUUGAAAAACACCAAAAGCCUCAAAAGUUGAACCUGUUGCAAGAUUCUUGAACCAGUUCAAGUUGGGCAGAAUGUGAAGUCUUCCUAAAAACUUAAGUUUCAACCUCCCAAGUGUACUCACACACUCUCUUACCUCUCUAAAGCUUUGUUCUCAUCAUCCUGGAGUGUAUUAAAGCAUAAACACUUGAACUUUUUCAAUUCCACUUCCAAUCUUGAAUCUUGAAAUUCUGAACCGAAAUUGUACAACUCGAUCAGACUUGUUUUGACAAUAAAAUUAGCUAAUUACAAAAUAUAUAUCUCACAAUAUACAUAUAAGAAUCCAACAAAAUCCCCAAAUGGAUUCCAACAAGACCUAUUCCUGAAAAGAGUUUCCUAGUGGUAUGCACUGGUUAGAUUAUUGGUGUUCUGGUCAAGACGUACCCAUCCCCGACGAGAUUUUUGUUCACCAAAAUAUCCCUCUCUCUUCUCUACCAUAUCUGGCAGCCAGAGAGAUCCAGUAUCUUUUUAUUCAGUUGAGUUGAUUUUUAGGUUUUGGAAUGGGUGGUGUGGUUGGGAUGAGAGAGAGAGAGAGAGAGAGAGAGAGAGAUUGUGCUGGGCAGUGGUGUAGUGGAGGAAGUGGGAAUGGUGGGGGCCAGAGGUGAGUGAUGGAGGUGGCGACGGUACUAGGUGGUCGGCAGUGGUGGAGGUGGCAUGAACAUAUGUUACACACAUGAAAUUUAGUAAUAUGUGAUUUGUGGGAUAAUUUAUGUGGUUGAUUUGAGUAGAGAAAACAUAGGAGGAGAGGUGGUGGUUGCAGAGAGAUGGUGGAAGUUGGCAGGGGCAAUUGUAUCUUUUGUAAUUUUGAGUUGCUUAGGCCAGCCUGAUACAUACAAUAAUUAUUUUAAAGAUGGGUGUCGGUUAUAUUUCAAAAAGUGUAAUCCAUAGGCAAUAAAGGGAAACUUGAGGGUGUCAGAGUAAUUCACCCAAUCUGUUAUUGAUAAUGGACUAAAAUUUGAAUUUCACCUUUAUUUUGAGAACAGUGAUUCCAAUAUUUACUAUGAUAUUUACUGUAUGUUUCAUACUAACACCAAAAUUGUAAAGUAUUCAUAUAAUAGUGGGUGUUGUAACACUUGCAUUCAUAUAAUAGUGGGUGGUGUGACACUUACAUAAAAAAAGACAAUCACCGCCGCCACCACCUCUUGCAAAUCCAUUAAAAUUUCCCACAUUUUUACCAAAUCCAGAAAAUUCCAAACGUCUUUAUCAAAGUUGUUGAGUCAAAACCUUAAUUCUGUUACUAGCAAUGGAAUUUGAAAAGCCCUAAUCUUGAAUUGACGGUGUUAAAAAUCACGAAACAGCCAUUGGAGUGGAAGUGGAACUCGGCAACACGCCAACCAAUGGAAGCUCUUAAUCAUCAAACUGGAAAUCGAGCUUUAAGAUUUUGAUAUUCGCCGACGAACUGAACGACAUAUCCACCACCUCACUAAUCAUCCCCGCUGCCUGGAACGACGCGUCUGGCAUAGACGGAUCUUAGAAUCUUACAUCUCUUACAAUCCUACCUUUUCUACCAAAAGUGUUAUUUUCUUCUUCUUCCGAAUUUAUUUGAGUCUACUAUUAAUUUUGGACUAAUAAAUUUAAUCAUUUUAAAUAUAUAAACCCAACUCUUUAGCCUAAUUAUAUAAAAAAAAUUUAAAAAUAAAAAUAAAAAAACAAACUUCAAAUGUAGAGAGAGAGGAUCG